AUGUAUUUAAAAUUAAUUUUAAACAUUUUCUUCUUGUUAAUUUUGAUAAACAUUUCCAAUGGAGAAUUGUGUAAAUGUGAUAAAAAGACAGGAAAAAUUUUGCGCAAUCACCGAUAUAAAAGAGGGUUCAAAUGUAACUGUUUUUCAGGUGGAGCAGGAAGCUCUAAGAAAGGUUCUGAUGAAGGAACUUCUAAAAGAAGUUCGGGAAAAGGUCUUAAUAAAGGCAAAAAGCCUGCAGUCGAGAAUUUUAGCCGCUUUGAGAAGGACGAAAUUAAAAAAGAAAAUGCAGUAAAAAAUUUUGAUGAAAGGAUGUUAGGAGGUUAUUAUAAUUUUGAUCAAGAUAAUUCAAGCAAGAAAAGAGUUUUGUAUAUUGCCGAUAAUUUUUUCUACUCGCAUAUUCAAUUUAAUGUUAGUUUAAAAACUUUAAUUUAA